GGGGUGGGGGGUUCGGAAGAGGAGAGAAGAGCGGUUUGGAAACCAGCUGAUUUGAGCUGUGGUAUUCAACCACUGAGUCAGAGGGGACUGAAAGCGUGACUACAAAGAAGAAGAGAAAAGGGCAAGACAUUUUUUUAUCAUUUCAAAUCUGAGAAUUUACAAAUAGACGAUUGAAAAGUACAAUUUAGGAAUCCUACAUUUGAUGGAAAACCGUGGAAUCAUGUGAAAACGUUGGGAGGGUGGAAAUCUGAAAAAAAGGAGUCGCAGUGAAACGGAUCGGCUCAGCCGUGAGUCAACGCAGGCUCGAGGAGUGAUGUCCUGGCUGUCACCUGUGUCCUGGGCCAAAUGGACGUGGACCGCGGUGCGAGGAGGAGAGGGGGAGGACGGCGAUGAAGAGGGGCGCGAGGCCAGCGAGGAGGGGAGAGGGAGCCGAGAGGAGGAGGAGGAGGAGGAAGGCUACAGCUCUGACUCAGAGGGUCACUUCGACACUCCAGAAGCAGAAACUCCUGUGCGCUGCCCUCAUCCCCUCACGGUCCCGGGAGAGCUGGAGAACAGCAACGCAGAUGGAGCCAACGCCGACUUGGAUCGGGACGAGCACCUGAUAGUGACGGCUCCUGUCGAGGGCCAGGCUUCGCUCAGCCACAGCAUGGGUCAGGAUGAGCCCGUGGUCCCUUUGGGCGCUCCGCUGGAAGUGAACAUGCAAACUGUGGAAGCGGAGCCGACAGAAAGGCUCCCAGAAGAACCGGGCCCCGGGCCUGCUCCCGACCCGGCCUCACCGGAGGUGGAGAGAUGCCCGGCGCCGGCCCGGCCUUCAUCUCCAGGCCCGGCUGCAGAUCAGGCCCCCAAGAUGGCUCCCGCUCCCGUUUUGGUUUCAGUUCCAGAAAGAGACUCAGUUCAAGGCUGUGAUGGUGAAGACUUGUCACUUCCUGAAGCCUAUGAGGAGAAAAGUCCUGCUGAGCCCGACCCGAACCCGAACUCAAACCCUGACCCAGCUCCGAAAGCUAAGCCUCCAUCUUUAAAAAUAAACACUUCAAUGGAGAACCAAGCUCCAACAAGUGAGGAACAAGAACUUCCUAUUCCCAAGGCCACAUACAACUUUGACCCUGAGCAGCUGGACGACAGCUUUAACCCCUUCAUCAGUGGAGGAUCUAAAAUCCAGAACUCCCCCCCACCGUGCGGCUCCAGCUCUUUCGCCAGACUUGAGCCGAUUGGCAGCUCGCUGCCUGUUGGCGAGUCCGGCUCAGCAGCUCCGGCAACUGGCGACACGAUGGUGUCAUCCACAGAGGCAAAGCCCGUCCUGCUGGAGUUUGGUCUGGACGAGGGAGCCGUCAGUAAACCCCCUCCACGCAAAGUACCCGGAGAGAGGUCGGGCGGCAGGCUGACGGUGAAGAAGCAGAGACCCAAAGUACCGGAGGCCUCCUGCAAACCUGCACCGGAGGCCACGGGCUCAGAAACAGACUCGCAGCCCGUGUCAGAACCUCAACAGGCGCCAGAACCAGUUUCACAGCCAUCAGAGCCUGUCUCAGAUCCAGUUCCAGAAGCCACGUUGCCGGUUUCAGACCCUUGUGGACCGUUGAACCUUGAUGACGUUCCCAUUCCCAAGACGGGGUCGUAUAACUUUGAUCCCAGCCAGUGGGACGACCCAAACUUCAACCCGUUCGGAAGCAACAGCAAAACGGGCUCCGACGACUCCGUGGAGCCGUUCAAGCCCUCGAAGAGCCUGAGCACCGAGGAGCCUUCCGGCGCCGCUCCGUCCGCGACGAAGGUAAAGGACGGCGCCAAAGCGAAGGCGGGGCCGCCGCCGGGCGAGAGGAGAGCGAGGCAGAUUCCCAGGAAGGGCAAAGAGAGGACAGUCACGACAUCUGAACAAGUCAAGUUUCUCUGUUUUCUGUUGAACUCCUGCAAGCUCCAGAAGUACGACGAAAGCCAGUCGCUGGUGCUGGACGUGUGCGAGCAGGAGGAGGAUGAGGUGGUGGCUCAGACCCCAGAGAUCACGCAGCGAGUUCAUCACGCCACAGAUGAAGAGAAGCUGGCCUCCACCAGCAUCAUGGGCCAAGCCACCGACAGACAGGAGGACAGGGUGGAAACCAAGAGCAGGAAACUGCAGCCAGUCAGCGAGGUGUCUGUGGCGGAUGACGUUCCUGAGACCAAGAUGAUGGAUGACCUGGAGGAGAAGGACACCUGCAGUCUGAAAGAUGAUAUAAUCCACACAUCCGUGAGUCAAACCAAAAAGGCGUGUGGCAGCACCGAGGCCGCGGACGCAGGCGCCCUGAUGCAGGACGGCGUCCCGCUCACUGAGAUGGACAAGGCUGCCGUGCUCACGCUCAUCAGGGAGGAGAUCAUCACUAAGGAGAUCGAGGUCAACGAGUGGAAGAGAAAGUAUGAGGAGUGCAGAGCGGAGGUAUUCGAGAUGAGGAAAAUAGUCGCUGAAUAUGAGAAGACGGUUGCAGAAAUGAUCGACGACCAGCAGCAGCAGAAAACCCAGACCUGCACUAAGUCAGUGAGGCAGCUGACCUUAGAGAGGGAUCAGGCCGUGGCCGACCUCAACUCAGUGGAGCGCUCCUUUGCCGACCUCUUCAGGAGGUACGAGAACAUGAAAGGAGUGCUGGAAGGCUUCAAGAAGAAUGAGGAGGUGCUGAAGAAGUGCGCCCAGGACUACCUGAUGCGGAUCAAGCAGGAGGAGCAGCGCUACCAAACCCUCAAGGUGCACGCUGAGGAGAAACUGGACAAGGCUAAUGAGGAGAUAGCACAGGUACGGGCCAAGGCCAGCACCGAGGGCAUUGCACUGAGCGCCAGCCUCAGGAAGGAGCAGAUGAAGGUGGAGUCACUGGAGAGAGCGGUUCUUCAAAAGAAUCAAGAGAUCGAGGAGCUCACCAAGAUCUGCGACGAACUCAUCGCCAAACUGGGAACAGACUAAGAGAACGAUCCACUUCUCCCUGCAACGCGUGAUGUAAAAUCUGUGCAUGACGCCGGCACAUCUGAAUUAUCUCUCUGUCUGCUAGUGAAGCCAGAACAGCAACGUCACGGUGUCAACAAGGAAUCACAAGGUUAUUUAGAGGGUAAUUAUGUGAGGAAAAGAUGAUGUUCCAGCCACCAUUGAGUCUGUUUGUGUUUUCAAGCAUUUUAAGGGUCAUUUUUUUUAUUUAAUCCGCCUGUUUUCAGCUGUUUCAGUCGGCCUGCUGUAAAAAUUUCACAUAAACUGUAGAACAUACCGUUGCAUCGAAGGGAAGGAAUAUGUGGAACCACAUAUUUUGCCACGCGUCUCUGAGUGUCUGAACUGAUCCCAGUGUAAAUAUGUUUGCUUCCAUCCAUGUAGACAGUUGGAUUCAGCGGAUUAUUUCAUUUUACCAUCCGAUGAGAGGACGACACCUGAUUUCGUGUGAUUUCAUGUGAUUUCAGCGUGCAGAGCUUGUUCUGAGCUUCAGUUUUGUGUUGCUGUUCUCUUGUAUACAGUAUAAAGUCCUCCAGUCAAAUGACGUCCCCCCAUGAAUCUCUGGGAUUGUCAGAUAUGAAGAGCACUUAAUAGAGUAAUAUCCUUGAAUCAUCAUAAGAUGUUUGACAGUGAGGGUGAGAUUGAAGUGGUUUGCUCUUUUUGUACUGUAAUGUUAAAAUCACACGCCAUGUGUAUUAAAGCACAUUGUGCUGCUGCCAUGUCCAUAUAUCCAUACUUUAUCUCUGAAGCCAGGUGUUGCUGGUGUGCCUUUAUUUUUUUUAUUUUAUAUUCCAGACUCUGUUGCCAAAUCGUACAAACCUCGUAUGAUGUGAACACAACACCGGCGAGUUCUCACGACGCUGCAGUUUUAACGCUUUACUUGAAACAACGGAUCAAGCGGCGGAGGCCGACCUGUGUGUGCGCGGUCGGCCGCGUCGCCAUCGCCAACAUCAGCACAGCUGGUCCGACCGAACGUGAAGGAGGGGGCGCACGCGUGCUGUCAGCAGGCGCUCUCCUACAUCAGCACAAUCAAAUGCCAAAUGACAUGGGUUUCUGUGUGAUGCCGUGUCCCGUUGUCGUGGUGACGUGCGUACGUGUUUGAAGUUGCUUUUCAAUGCAAACCUGUUGUUUGAGGACAAUGAGUGUACAUUUUAUACUUUCAGACAUUUGUUCCUGAUAUUUGUAAAAGCGAAGUAUACCCAGAUUGUACGUCCACUGCUCUAUUUUGUGCAUUCCUGAAUAAAUGGUCAAGAUUU